UUCCCGUGUCCUCCGCCUCGACCAUGGCCGCUCCAGCACCAGCAGGCCCGCGCAGCGGCGGGAGCAAGUCCGUGCUCGACGGGAUGGCUGGCCCAUCCAUGAAGCCGGUUGAGCUCGAAGAAUUGGCUGGCUCAUCCAUGAAGCCGGUUCACCUCGAAGAAAUGGCUGGCCCAUCCAUGAAGCCGGUUCACCUUGAAGAAAUGGCUGGCCCAUCCAUGAAGCCGGUUCACCUCGAAGAAAUGGCUGGCCCAUCCAUGAAGCCGGUUGAGCUCGAAGAAUUGGAUCUCAUGGGUGAUAUUGACAAGCAGAGGCUAAAGUGGGAAACCAUCAAUGAGGACCAGCAGGUGUGGGAUGCCCUCGAUGAGCAGCGAAAUCUACUUGUCGAUGAGCUGAUUAGAGAAGACUCCUAUUCAUGCUGCUUCUUGGUUGCACCUGAAGAUGUAGAUUCAUGUCAUCUACUGAUGAACGGAAGCCAUGCCUCAGAAUAUUUGUUGUUAGAGCUAGCUGAGCAGAAACAAGACUAUAUAAUCUAUUGUGUUUAGCAAGUUUUUAGCUUCAGAUUGUAUCAGGACCAGUACCAUGU